AUGGUGUACAUGUCAGUUCAACAAGCCAGCAAACCUAAGGUUGCAGUUUCACCUUUAGUACUUGAGGAUGUAGAAGAGCCUCCGUUGAACUUGUACAAGCCGAAGGGACCCUACACAGCAACCAUUCUCUCUGUUGAUAGGCUUGUCGGCCCAAAAGCUCCAGGAGAAACUUGUCAUAUUGUGAUUGAUCAUGGUGGCAAUGUUCCUUAUUGGGAAGGUCAAAGUUACGGCGUAAUUCCUCCUGGUGAGAACCCAAAGAAACCAGGAACUCCCAACAAUGUUCGUCUUUACUCAAUUGCAUCUACCAGGUAUGGAGACUUUUUUGAUGGCAAGACAGCCAGUUUGUGCGUUCGGCGUGCUGUCUACUAUGAUCCCGAGACAGGGGAAGAAGAUCCUUCAAAGAAAGGAGUAUGCAGCAAUUUCCUAUGUGAUUCGAAGCCUGGGGACAAGAUACAGAUCACAGGUCCUUCGGGCAAAAUAAUGCUUUUGCCUGAAGAUGAUCCAAACGCCACCCACAUAAUGAUUGCUACUGGUACUGGUGUGGCACCUUUCAGAGGCUACCUUCGACGUAUGUUCAUGGAAAAUGUUCCUACAUUCAAGUUUGGUGGUCUCGCUUGGCUCUUCCUUGGGGUGGCCAACACCGACAGUCUCCUAUAUGAUGAUGAGUUCACCAAGUAUCUCCAAGAAUACCCAGAUAACUUCCGAUAUGACCGCGCUCUUAGCCGAGAACAAAAGAACCAGAGUGGAGGCAAGAUGUACGUGCAGGAUAAAAUUGAAGAAUACAGUGAUGAGGUCUUCAAACUCUUGGAUAAUGGGGCCCAUAUUUACUUCUGUGGUCUCAAGGGAAUGAUGCCCGGGAUCCAAGAUACACUAAAGAGGGUUGCAGAGCAGAGAGGAGAGAACUGGGAAGAAAAGCUCUCACAACUCAAAAAGAACAAACAAUGGCAUGUUGAAGUCUAUUGA